UGCCACAAUUAUCGUUAUCAAAAUUCAGCCGUCAACUGUCCAUCAAAUGUUCAUCGAUCCAGAUCCAUCAACGUGCGGCCAAGGCAAUAAUAUUGUUCUAUAACAAUCCAUUAGCCAAGCGUCGACGGACUAUUUGUUUCCUCAUGACACAAUUGUCGAAUCAAUCACCUCCCAAGCCAAAUGGAUCAAACCGACCACUCGCAUUAUGUCUUCAGCUUAUUGUGCCGCAUCAUCUCGCCCAUUUGCUCCGUCAUUUCACCGCACACGAAAACGCCUCGGCCGCGUCUCGCGACGUCAGGUGGAGCGUCCACCAUCGGACGGGAUUCCCUGGACCUCUCUCCGCGCGACGGGCUAAGCGUGUCAGGCGCGCGAUCCCCCACGUAACGUGCGCGUCGCAGGGUCCGCCACGAGAGAGCCGGCUUCGAUAGCCGCACACACACACACAAUACGAUCGACGGUUGUCGCAUGCGGCGCAACACACGCUCGCCACAUUUUUAUUUACGCGCCGUCAACCGUUGACCGUCCGGUGACCCGGCACCACCGUCAAACAAAAACAAUCCCAGAUUUUUUUUUUUUUUGGUGGCUCACCCGUAACCUCGAAAUCGCGACACCGCGACGCGGCUCCGUCUCGAAGAACGAGUGCCGUUGUGACCGUCCGACGCGUUUCGCGCCACUUUACUUUCGAAGUGGUUCAGCUCGAUAAGGAGGGACGACUCAAAAAUUGAUCGCACUGAUAUGGGAUUAUUUGAAGUGGAUUCUGAGAUGUCUAUGGCGGCGAACAAUCCGCUUUCGGCAACGCUGAUCACCAACAAUCCCGGAAGCGUGGCUGCCAUCAGCCAGCACUGUGCCAUAUGUGGAGACCGGGCGACCGGAAAACACUACGGGGCAGCCUCCUGCGACGGCUGCAAGGGUUUCUUCAGGAGGUCCGUCAGGAAGAACCAUCUGUACACGUGCAGAUUUAACAGGAAUUGUGUGGUGGACAAAGAUAAGAGAAAUCAAUGUCGAUAUUGCAGAUUGAGGAAAUGCUUCAAAGCUGGCAUGAAAAAAGAAGCUGUGCAAAACGAAAGGGACAGAAUCAGUUGCAGAAGACCAAGUUACGAAGAGAACAACCAAAACAAUGGUCUGUCCGUUGGAUCCUUGCUGAACGCCGAAAUGUUGUCGAGACAAGUUGGUGCCGCAUUAGAGCAAAUGGGCCCAACGCCAGUAAAUGAUCACGACUUGUCGAAUAGACAGUUAGCCAAUAUUAAUGACGUAUGUGAUUCAAUGAAGCAACAAUUAUUAAUAUUAGUAGAAUGGGCUAAAUAUAUUCCUGCCUUCACGGAUCUCCAACUUGAUGACCAGGUGGCCUUAUUAAGGGCACACGCUGGCGAGCAUCUGUUACUUGGCCUGGCCAGGCGCUCCAUGCACCUCAAGGACGUGCUGCUGCUGGGAAACAAUUGCAUUAUCACGAAACAAUGCCCAGGACGGUUGUCCACCGUAGCUGCGAUGUUACCAGAUCAAAGAACUUUAUCACCAGAUUUGAGCAUCGCCCGAGUUGGUACCAGGAUCAUGGACGAGUUGGUGAAACCUAUGACAGAGGUGCAAAUCGACGAUACGGAGUUCGCAUGUCUUAAGGCCAUCGUGUUUUUCGAUCCAAACGCAAAAGGUUUGAGUGAACCUGCUCGUAUCAAGGCCCUGAGGUAUCAAAUUCAGAUCAACCUGGAAGACUACAUUAGUGAUCGACAAUAUGAGAGCAGAGGAAGAUUUGGCGAAUUGCUACUCACAUUGCCAGCACUUCAGUCCAUAACUUGCCAAAUGAUUGAACAAAUUCAAUUCGCUAAACUGUUUGGUAUGGCUCACAUUGACAGCUUGCUUCAGGAAAUGCUACUGGGAGAACCGUUUUUAGGAGCCAGCGGAGAAAAUAAUCCGGCUCUGGUGGUACCGGCCCAAGCCAACACCAACUACCACAGUACCAGUGAUUCGGCCGACAGUCCGAUCACAUCACCGACCACAACUCCCAGUAGUCCAACUGAUCAUUUGAUCAACGGUAACAUUAACAGUCCUCCAACAAGCGGAGCCACAACAGUGAUGAUCAUGAGCGAGAUCACCAACUUGGACGAUCCUCCAUACGCCAUGGACUUUAAACAGGAGCCUAUUCAUGAAGAACCUACUUAUUAGGUAUUAGCUUAGUAUAAAUUUGUUAUACUUGGUAUUAGGUUAAAAAACAUACAAAUACAACGGCCCCAGGUGGGCUAAACAAAUAAUUAAAAUAAGUUAUAGAGUAACAUAUUUUAUGUACCCAUGUAAAUAUUAUUCUUUUUCUACAAUAUAUAUACCGACAAUAUUUUUAUUGUUAAUUGUGAACAAUCAUAUUGAUUGACUUGAUAGAGCUAAUGUGAAUACAAUAUCUAUUCUAAUUGUAAAAUUCGGUUUAGGAAGUUGUAUUAUAGAUAUAGUUAUUGGGUUUAGGAGCAUAUUUUCAUAUACACAUCACAUUAUUUUAGCCUAUAAUUAUUACAUAUAAUAUAUAGUCUUCCAAGAAGGUGCUACAGAUAUUUUAUAUAAUGUUGUUGAUUCUUGUAUAGAGUGCUUAUGAUGGCUGUGAAUUUGAAUUGUUAAUGUUACUGAUGUAUAUUUUUAAGUAGACAGAUUUACUUUUUAUCAAACAAAAGAAAAUGGUACAGUAUACUUUUUAUAUUUUGAUAUUUAUAUUUAAAAAGACACCUUUGCUCAAUUGUUUUUCUGUAUAUUUAGCUAAAUGACAAAUCUUUAUAUUAUGUUAUUAAUUUAAGACAUUACUUUAGUUUAUGUAUGUUAAUUAAUUUGAGUUUAAUUUUAUUCUUUUAUUUUUAAAUUUCCUACAUGCUAAAAUAUGAAUACAACUGUUAAAAGCAAGUUUGUUUAAAUUGGUUUGAGUAAUUUAAUGAUUAGGUAUUGGUUACCGUUUGCCAAAUGACUAUUUUAAAGUUGUGUUUUUAUUAUAUUUGCUUUUGAUUAAUGGAAUCUGAAAACAUAUGUGUCAGAUUUACUCUGUAAUAUUUACAGGUUGUUUUGUAAUAUAAAUCUAUUAUGUUCUCAGGAUCCACUACUCAACUUUUUGUGAUAUAAAAAUUGUUGGUUGUUACAUAAUCAUCAUAUAUAUCAUAUUAAAGUAUGCCAAUAUUAGGUUAUAUUUUGCAUUGUUAAUUAAGAUAUAAUACAAUUUUGUUAUGUAAAUACAAGAUAUAUUAGAUAAAAUUAUAAAUUGGCAUUAUAUAAUGUAGAUAUUGUUGAUUUUUAGUUCUAAUUACAAAUGUAACUAACAUUUAGGUGAUGUUUUGUAAAAAGGCUGGAGGUGGCAAUAUUAUCUUUAUUUCUUUAGUACAUAUAAUUAUUUAAAACUGUUAA